AUGUAUAAAUAUUUUAAGAAAAUAGAAUAUCUAUAUAGACAAAUGAAUAAAUAACAUCCUCCCUGGGGUUCUUAGAUAGGUGUAGCACAUGGCGGUGUGAUUGGGUAUUCGAAUUGUGAACCCAAUUAUGAUAUAACGAAAGUUCACAUCUAUGAAGUUCAUUAUAAGAAAGAAGAAUCUGGAUUGAGGUGUGACAUUUUUAUGGGCUACAAGUAAAUGCAUAUUCCAAAAUAGAUAUUAAUGUGUUGAAUUUGCAAGAAGGUUUUAUGUUUUGAAUUAUAAAACCAUGUUUACAGAUAUUUAAAAAGCACCUGACAUUUGGGACUUGGAAACUGUUGAAGAUUUGACAAAGGAAUCAGGUACAUUUCAAUUUGUUGGAUUCAAACAAGGUGGACCUGAGUAUAUAUACAAUUCAUAUGUUAGACCACCAAAAUUUGGUGAUUUACUAUUAGCACCAUAAAGUGAACAUUAACCUUGGGGUCAUGUUGCUGUAGUGGUAGGAGUGGGAGAUGGAUACAUUGAUUUGGCUGAACAAAAUUAUGAGGAUGCAGGUUGGAUUGCAGAAUCAUAUUCCAGAAGAGUCAAGGUGGAAUGCAAAGAUGGCAACUACUUUGUCAGCUAUAUUAGAGUUGGGUAUGGAUUGCAGUUUUACUAUUAUUUAGUUUUGAAGAUCAAUUUAACUAAUCCUGGGACAAGGACGAGGUAAUAAUUGGUUGGAAAAGAAUAAUAUUUAAUUGAGUGUAUUAUCA